CAUAAAAAUGUAUCACCAGAUAAAUAAAUCCUAAUAUAAUGAAGUUUCAUUGCUAAUAAUCCCAUGCCAUGCUGAGGACCACGUCAAUUGUACACCUAUAAGGCUGUCUCAGAGAACCGAUCGAAGCCAGGUAGAGUUUGUUAUCGAUCGCUUGCUAGGAAUGCAAAGCUAGAUGCCAUGACGAGAUCAACACUGCGUUCUGUUUUGUGUGUAGGAUUCAGCAUUCUGUGUGUUCAUUGGAUCUUUCGAGACUAUGAAGAAGGCAACAUUUCAAUGAAUUAUAAAACUUGGUCACUGCUAAUGACAGGCUAAGUAAGGAGUAGGAGAGCAUAUCAACCCCCACGCAGAUCAUGAUGGAACGAUAUUUGAUGUUUACAACUUGGAGAAGUAAUCUCUACAAUAGAACUUUUAAAGUCUGAUAGAACAUUGAAGCCAUCCAAACAGGAACAUGCCUUGUUGUGGCGGAAGUGAAAACAUUUCCUCAGCAGACGACGUGAAGAAAUACGGAGAAGCAAGGCCCUUUGAUCCCAAUUUUAAGGGACCAAUUAAAAAAAGGUCGUGUACAGAUGUGGUCUGUUGUAUUCUGUUUGUCAUCUUUCUGGCAGGGAUGAUUGCCGUGUCACUUGUUGGCUAUGUCCGGGGUGACCCAGUCAAACUUAUUUAUCCAACGGACAGCUCUGGAAAUAUUUGUGGCGUUGACACCUACAAAGAGAAGAAAUAUUUAUUUAUGUUUGAUAUACUGAAGUGUGCAGAGACUGGCCUAGCUGUAGUCUCAUUGGCUUGUCCAACAACACGGAUCUGUGUAAAAACAUGUCCUUCAGAGUACUGGUCUUUCAUUCAAACGGUUGCCUUGGAGACCGCUGUCAACAAAGUGUUGGCCUCCGAAAGAGAGAAAAUGAUUUGCAAGUACAACGUUGAUCCCCAGUCCGCCGCGAAAACGGUUCAAAAAUAUGUCAAGGACGGUGACUGUGCUGCUUAUUAUGUCAAAACAACUUCCGUAAUGAACUACUGUGUACCAUCCAUAUUUGUGGACAUUGUCAACCUAGCAGCAGACAUAACAUAUCAGUACAAUAACAAGAGUUAUGCUAUCACUGAUUCUGGGAACAGCAGUGUUACAGGGAGAAAACUCAGUGAUGCCAGCUAUUAUCUGUCGCUAUUUUAUCAAGUCAAGGAAUUCGUAGACCUGGUAUUUAAAGAUAUUUUAGCAUCAUGGUGGAUGAUACUAGUAGGAUGUUUCGUUUCUUUACUACUUUGUAUGCUGUGGAUGUUCUUAUUAAGAUGGCUGGCUGGCAUCAUGGUGUGGGCCACUUUAGUUUGCAUUUAUGGAUUAUUAUCUUUUGCUUGUUAUUAUUGUUAUAAUGAAUACUACAGACUGAAGGCAUUAAAUGCUACCGAAGAAUAUGGCAUUUCACAAGCUUUUGCCAUGAAUUUUAAUUACUAUUUGUCUUUGAAAAAAACAUGGCUUGCAUUUGGUUGUGCUACAAGUACUUUGCUCAUUCUUCUACUUUUCUUGUUUUUAUUCCUGGUCAAAAGAGUCUGUAUAGCUAUUGAACUUAUUAAAGAAGCCAGCAGAGCUAUUGGUUACAUGUUUUCAACACUAUUUUGGCCACUUGUUCCUUUUCUUCUGCAAGUUAUUUUUCUUGUGUAUUGGGUAGCCAGCGUCAUAUACAUUGCUUCAAUGGGUCAUUCCCAAUAUUACAGCAAUGCAACAAAUACCAGCACCAACAAUAUCAACUACUACCUCUCUAGAGUUCCAUGUCAGCCUGAUAACUCAACUCUCGGAACAUUGUGUGAAUUUGUGAAAUAUGGUGGAAAUGAAUAUGUCAUUCCUAUGGAGGUGUUUAUGGUCUUCAUGCUACUAUGGACACUUAAUUUUAUAGUAGCUUUAAGUCACAUGACUCUAGCAGGUUCAUUUGGCUCAUACUAUUGGAGUUGGGAGAAACCUAAAGAUAUCCCAGCAUUCCCUGUUGCAAUGUCUUUAUUUAGAUCAUUUAGGUAUCAUCUUGGGUCCCUGGCCUUUGGCUCACUCAUUAUUGCUAUUAUUCAACUGAUAAGAAUCUUUCUUGAAUACUUGGACUACAAACUGAAAGAUUCUCAAAACAAAGUGGCCAAAUUUAUUUUAAUAUGUUUAAAAUGUUGUUUUUGGUGCCUUGAGAAAUUUAUGAAAUUUAUUAACAAAAAUGCCUAUAUUUUGAUUGCUAUUCGUGGGAAAAACUUUUGUAUUUCUGCUAAGGAUGCAUUUUUUUUAAUUAUGAGAAAUUCUUUAAGAGUUAUAGUCCUUGACAAAGUGACAGACUUUCUUCUGUUUCUCAGUAGAGUUUUGGUCACUGGAGCAGUUUUCACUAUGUCCUUCUUUUGGUUUAAAGGCAGCAUCAAUUUCUUUGACAACUAUGUAGUGCGACCUAAUUUAAAUUAUUACCUUGCACCUGUCAUUAUUCAAACAGUCAGCACUUAUUUAAUGACUUGUGUAUUCUUUGGUGUCUACAACAUGGCAGUGGAUACUUUAUUUCUUUGUUUUUUGGAGGAUCUUGAAAUGAAUGAUGGGACAGCAGAGAAACCUUAUUUUAUGAGCAAGGGCCUGAUGAAAAUAUUAGGGAAACGCAAUGUUGGGAACUCACCUUCAAGCAGACCUGCUCACACAGCUCGAGUGACUCCUGAACGAAGGGGAAGACCACUCCCACAGCCUAGAGCUCAGUCAAGGGCAUAGGUCACAUUAUCAAUCAAAAUCCAACCUCUCAACUAUCAUAUUACUGUAACUAGUCUGAUCUAGAACUUUUAUAGGUUUCAAACAUAGACUUUUUUAUUUUAUAAUAUAUACAAGUCCAUGGUUUCAAAAUUCAGCACUGUAGUGUACAUUGCAACAAUUGGAAAUGUUUGUGUACUAUUAAUGAGCUUUAUCAGCCUUUAUGUAAAUGGUUUACACGAAUUUAUCUGUUUGUUGACAUGCUAUUGCUUUUACACAUUUUAUGACUAAAUCAAAAUUGAAUACAACAUUUAACCCAUUAAAAAAAUUUGUAUACAUAAA